AUAUGCAAAUGCAAUGCAUGCAGACUCAACACCUUGUAGCUAUAUAGCUCAUGCAUUGUUCUAUAAUACAGCUAGCUGAAAUGAUUCGUUGGCCAUACUACGACCUUGUGGUCAUAUUCUAUUUUGCUUCUAGGAGUGCUAUCACUGGACAUGCACAAUAUUUAGUGAGUGAUGAGAGACCAUGUCCAAUGGAAACAGUCACUUUCACUUGCACUGCUCCUGGAGAUUCCUUGAGAUGGGUACCAUCAGAUAUUUCUCGCAUUACUGUUCGCUCCACCUCUGAUCUCAGUGUACCCAAUGUUGAAUCAGGUUACACUGUAACACUGAUUGCAGCCAAUGACACUACACUAACAUCCACUCUGUCAAGAAUAGCAGAGAAUGGGAUCACUGUGUCUUGUGUGGACCCACUGCCUACUCCAACUACUAUAGGAUCUUCAAUGAUCCGGUUAGUUGAUCCACCAGGACCACCUUUCACAAUAAUACACUCCAUUCUGAGUAGCUCAGCCAUUGGAGUUAGUGUAUCUGUACAGUGGGACCCUCCUACUGAGACUGGUGGUAGAGAUGACCUCACCUACACAGUGACCGUCUCACCUCUGGCCCAACUCUCCGCUACUGGUCUCACAUCCACCUCUGCCACUGUGACUGCUCAAUACAAUGUGGACUACACUGUCAGUGUUGUGGCUACCAACUGUGCUGGGAACAGUAUACAACUGCUGAGUACAACUUCAGGAUUGAAGGUUGUCCUGUGUUGACCAACCCCAUGAAUGGAGCGUUUGGACCAGUCUCCAGUUUGCCAGGAUCCAUAGUAACCAUCCAGUGUGAUGCUGGGUAUGUGUCUGCUGUUACAAUGGUGACAUGUGAGGGUACACUGAUGUGGAGUCCAGACCCUGAGGCUAUUGAGUGUACAUCACUAAUUACCACACCUGCUCCCACAACUCGUGAGUUGGCUCCUCCAAUAAACUGCACAGCUCCACUAUCCCCACCACGGAAUGGCACCAUCAGUGACCAUUCAGUACCAGCUAUUCCUGGUACUCAUGUGACCUUCCAGUGUGACGAUGGACUGUUACCUGACGGUAUAACGACUGCCACCUGUCUAACUACAGGAGAGUGGAACAAGAUCCCAGGGGAGAUUGUCUGCAGAAAUGAAUCCAGUGUGGCAGUAACACGUGGGAACGUUGCUGGAGGUGUUGUUGGUGGUAUAGUAAUCAUGUUACUCAUCAUUUUAGGGGCAAUAGUUAUGUUAGUGGUUUUCAGAAGAAUGGGAAAAAAAAGCGUAAGACUCAAAUCAAAUGACAGUAUGGAAAUGAAUGAUUACCAGCCUCCAGCAGCAGACGAAGAAGGUUACAACAGAGUCACUCAUGAUUUGAACCCUGCUUCAUUAACCUACAAUGGUGUUACCAUCAACAGUGAAAAGGCAAUAGGUGUCAAUGAAGAGAGAUACAGUGUAAUGAACAGUGGACAGAGCGCUCAGAGGCUACCUGGCUAUGGACAGAUCAGUAAUGUGGCCACAUUGGAGCCAGUCGUCUAUGCUGUCCUUAGCUCCAACCAGAAAAGCAACACGACUAGUACUGCCACAGCGAAUCAACAUCAGGUGACCUACGCCACUGUGGAUAUUGAUGCCACUAAGAAACAAGCAGCCACCCUCCCCGCCAGCCCAACAGUCCCGGCUGAUGUAGACAAACUCCUGGACAUUGACGAGGCCUUGGUGCAAAUCCGGUCAAUGAAACACAAGUGGAGGGAGCUGGCUGAGACUGUGAGGCUGCCAGAGACAUUGAUUCAACAGAUUGAGGAUUCAUGUUGCGAUGACAGUGCUGGCUGCUUGACGGAGGUGAUUAACCAAUGGAGUUGUUCUGGACAACCAACAUGGAGGGAGCUGGGUGAUCAUCUCAGUAAGAUCGGAGAAGAGCAACUGUCAAAGGAACUCCUGACUAUCUACGGGACUAUGACCGAUGAUGGCCCUGGACUACUAAAUAUACUCACGCCCCCACGCCCUCCUAAAUCACCUGGUGAGAUGGUUCCAGCCCGUCCCCCUAAACCAGCCCCUAACAGCGAACCCCCGGCACCUCCACGCCCCUUUAAACAAUACACCAAGCACUAGGUGUGUGGUAUGAAGUUAAACAAUUCUUUUAGCAAAAGAAUCAACUCAAUACAUGACUUAAAUUUUAUGUUAGUUUAUCCCCGUAUGUAGUUUAGUCACAAUCACUUAAUUUUCAUGCAGCUUA